CAACUGCUGCUGCCAUUGAAAGGGGCAUAUUAAUCUUAAAGCCAAUGUCAUGUUCAUUACAGAUCAAUGUUUCAGCUAACGUGGGGAAUGGAAAUGACUGCUCACAAAGAGCUUCUUAUUAUUCUAUCCACGUCGCCUACCUCUGUCCACCCUCCUUUGGCAGCUAUUACAGAGAGCUACUUGUGUCUUAAACAUGUGACAAAGUGAGAGAGGGGCACAGGGGGAGAGCUGAGGCGUUCAUGCCUGCUCUGUGCAGAGCGCCUGUCGACAGUUCCUACAAGAUCCGGAUCCUGCGCUCCUCCACACGGCGAUGCAGAGUAGGCGGAUCAAGUAGCAAAUACGCGGCGAGAAGACAUAAUCCACAACGGAAUAUUUAGCAGUGUUCUUCGGUUUUGCGUCUCUUUCCACGUCACUGCAUCCCAUCACUUCUGUCAGACGUUGGACCCCGCCGAUACUGGUCGCACAAACUGCACUUAGAGGUCCCUCUAAUCUUAUCGUCAGCUCCUUUCCGCUCCUGGUUGCUCUCUUCCUCCCCUCUCCUCCUCCUCCUCCCCUUGCCACUCGUCUCUUCUCUUUACUCCAUCUCCUGCUGGACGAUUUCAUUCUGGAAAGUCAUUAUCCCCAGAAAGGUCAAAGCGUAUCCUUCCUGGAACCUCAUUUUGCUCUGGGAUAAGCCUGAGAGUCACCCUGCUUUCUGAAAGUUUGUCAGUGGUGUAUAAGCGUCCAGGCUGCUCCGUGUUGCAACCUUUCUUUGGCAGUCACUUUACCUGUUUUCACAGCCUUGCACAUAUAUAUAUAUAUUUUUUUUUUUGGAGAGCGUUUUUUGUUUUUUUUUUCGUUUUCCAUUCUUGUCUGCGGAGUGGCUGUUGAACACCAGCAAACUGUGAAAUGAGUUUCAUAGCCGUUCUGACUGCUGAUAGUGCUGAGAUUCUGCAAGAGAAUGGGACAUAUUGAGUUCAACUUUAAGUGUUGUUCCAAACCUUGGUGUUUGGGAGGCAUUGAGGUGAUGCAGGUCCCUUGGUUAUCCCAGUGGAGGAGCCAGCUAAUGACAGGAGUAUUUGUCUGCUGAACAUCCCCAUCACCACCAGCCUCCAUCCCUCUUUCUCUCCCUCCCACCCUCCAUCUCUGAUGGCUCUAUGGGGCGUCAUCAGCCUCAGCCUUUACUGCUGGGUGUGUUUACGGUCCGGUGCAACAGCAACAGCAGCCACAGCCAGCCUCCCUAAUGACAGACCUGGGGGACCUCUGGACUGGCUCCUGUCGGAUAAGGGACCCUUCCACCACUCCCCAGAGUAUAUUGACUUUGUGGAGAAGAACCGGCAAGGCUUCUCCACCAGAUACAAAAUAUAUAGGGAGUUUGGGCGAUGGAAGGUGAACAACCUAGCAGUGGAGAGAAGAGAUUUCCUGGAGUCUCAGUUACCUUUAACCCCUGAGUUCAUCAGAAAUAUUCGACUUCUGGGCCGCAGGCCUUCCACCCAAAUGAUCACUGACAAUCUGAUCAAGAAGUAUGGAACCCACUUUUUACUGACAGCAACACUUGGAGGAGAAGAGGCCUUAACGAUAUUUGUGGACAAAAGGAAGCUGAGUAAGAAAGGAGAGGUGAGCGAUUUCUCGGGUAACUCCUCUACUGUGACUCUGGAAGCUCUACACCAGCUUGCCGCUUCUUACUUCAUUGACAGGGAGAGCACUCUGCGCAAACUGCACCACAUCCAGAUUGCAUCCACUGCCAUAAAGGUGACAGAGACGCGAACGGGUCCUCUUGGGUGUAGUAACUAUGACAACCUCGAUUCCGUUAGUUCUGUCCUCGUUCAGAGUCCUGAAAAUAAAGUCCAACUGCAAGGCUUACAAGUGAUCCUACCAGACUACCUGAGAGAAAGUUUUGUGCAGGCUGCUCUCAGCUACAUAGCCUGCAAUGGAGAGGGUGAGUUUUUCUGCAAGGACAAUGAUUGCUGGUGCAACUGUGAUCAUAAGUUUCCGGAGUGCAACUGCCCCUAUAUGGACAUCCAAGCUAUGGAGGAAAGCCUGGAGAGAAUAACAGAGACAUGGGAGUUGCUUUAUAAGGAAUUUGAAGAAUCAGAUGAAUUUAAGGCCUUCUACACAAGGCUUCCCCAGAGCUACUUUCUGAAUGUGUCAUCUAUUCAACACUUGUGGUCCUUGGACAGCCUGUUUCAGUGGCGGUAUGAGCAGCUUGAGAACAGCAUGCAAGUCCUCUCCAGACGAGCCCAGAGAGUUAUUUUCAAGCUCUUCAGUCUCAGUAAAAGAUGUCACAGACAACCUCAAGUUCGGAUACCAAGGGAGAGGUCUCAUUCCUACUGGCUAGGACAUAUUCAGUCUCUCCUGUAUUGCUCAGAAAACAAUCAAAUUGGAACAUUCUCAGAGGAGCUCCACAGCUGCGGCUGCCAAUUCGAACAUAGCCCCUGUCAGUUGCCCCCACCCUGCACUGUUGGCGAAGGCUUGGCCUGUGCAGCGUGUGCAUCAGACAACCACACCCGAUGUGGGAGCUGUAACCCAGGAUUUGCCUUGAUGCAGGGGGCCUGCAGACCUAUGGUGGCAGACUCCACAGAGAACUACCUGGGCUUUGAGACAGACCUCCAGGAUUUGGAGUUAGGCUACCUACUGCAGAGAGCAGACCGCAGGCUUGAGGUUCAUGCCAUAUUCAUCAGUAAUGACAUGCGACUAAACAGCUGGUUCGACCCAUCAUGGAGAAAGAGGAUGCUGUUGACGCUAAAGAGCAACAAAUAUAAGACCAACAUGGUUCAUAUGCUGCUUGGAAUAUCCCUUCAGGUCUGCCUUACAAAGAACAGCACACUGGAGCCUGCUCUCACUCUCUAUAUCAACCCUUUUGGUGGGAGCCACUCAGAGAGCUGGUACAUCCCUGUCAAUGAAAUUGGUUUUCCAGAUUGGAAGGCCACCAAGUUGGACUUGCCCUUUGAGUGUUAUAACUGGACUUUGACAUUGGGUAACAAGUGGAAGACAUUCUUUGAGACUAUCCACAUUUACCUACGUAGCAGGAUAAAGACUCAGGAUGGAGCAAAUGACAGUGUUUAUUAUGAACCUGCCGAAAUGACGGAUCCUGCUCAGAGCCUGGGUUACAUGAAGAUCAAUACCAUCCAGGUCUUUGGCUAUAGUAUGCACUUUGACCCUGAAGCAAUCCGUGACUUGAUCCUGCAACUGGACUACCCUUAUACCCAGGGCUCCCAGGACACGGCCAUCCUUCAGCUCUUGGAAAUACGAGAUCGUGUGAAUAGGCUUUCCCCUCCAGGCCAACAGAAGAUGGACCUGUUCGCCUGUCUCCUCCGCCACAGGCUCAAACUAACUCCCAGUGAGGUGGUUCGCAUUUUUGCCUCCUUGCAGGCCUUCACUGCACGUUUACCUAAUUCAGUGGAUUAUGAGACCACUAAGCUGUGCAGUUAACAGCUGGUUGAAGGGAGAACACAAUGUAAAUUGCAAACAAGGAAAACGUUUUGGAUCCUUGAUGCAGAUGCUUACACAUGUGCUUUGUCUCUAUGGAUUACUAAACUCUGUGGUUAAUCAUGAGGCAGCCAGCUAUGGACAGCUGAAGAAUGUACUCAUCUGACUGUUUAAAAUUUUUCGAUGCCCGUUUCAGUGCGAUAUGAAAAAAUGGGCUGGAUCUCUGAGGAAAUGCAGAACUGUUUCUCAAAAUAACAUUUCUGCCAUAGAAAUUCAGAAGCCACUGCAUAAAGUUAAACCAUCCUGUUUCAAUAUGAUUCUGCUCAUUUAUACUGUAAGUACCAAUGCUAAGUGAAUAGACAUUUUAUGAAAGGUACUCUGUUUGUUUGUAUUUUUUAUAUGUUUCUUUGCUUUAGUGACUGUGCACUUUCCAUGACUUAAAGAUUGCAGUGGUGUAAAACAAGAUUUUGUAGAUAAAUUGAUAUUAAAGACAUCAUGUUAUAACAGA